CUGCGAGGCCACGCGCAUGCUGCUGGCUGACCAGGGCCAGAGCUGGAAGGAGGAGGUGGUGCCCAGGGAGACCUGGAUGCAGAGCCCGCUCAAGGCCUCGUGUCUGUACGGGCAGCUCCCCAAGUUCCAGGACGGAGACCUGACGCUGUACCAGUCCAACGCCAUCCUGCGGCACCUGGGCCGCACUCUGGGGCUUUAUGGCAAGGACGCGCGGACGGCGGCUCAGGUGGACAUGGUGAAUGACGGCGUGGAGGACCUCCGCAAGCGCUGCAGCCACCUCAUCCACCACAACUACGAAGAGGGCAAGGCCCAGUACGUCCAGGAGCUGCCCGGGCGCCUGAAGCCGUUUGAGACGCUGCUGGCCCAGAACCAGGGCGGCCAGGCCUUCAUCGUGGGUGACCAGAUCUCCUUCGCCGACUACAACCUGCUGGACUUCCUCCUGGCCCACCAGCUCCUGGCCCCCGGCUGCCUGGACUUGCUGCCGCUGCUCUCGGCCUACGUGGCCCGCCUGAGCGCCCGGCCCAAGCUCAAGGCCUUCCUGGCCUCCCCCGAGCACGUGAACCGCCCCGUCUUUAGAAACCGCAAGAUUUGA